AAGCUGUAGUCUAUACAAGAUGGCGUAUGUGGUUGUUUUGCAGCUACGAUAUUGAGCGAAUUGCGGUAUUUUCUCGUCUAAAUUAAUGAAUUGUUGUAGUGUAAUCGCGUUGUAGUUGUUUGCUAUAAGCCGUAGAAUCGCAGGAUAUCUAUCAUGAAAGGAAAAGAAAGGUCGCCAGUGAAAAAACGCUCAAGGGCCGUGGACGAUGUUCGAGACAGAGGAGGAAGCCACCCGAGCAGCAAGAAAAUGGGGGUUGUGGCGAUUUCUGGCGGAAGCAACAAUGGAAACAGCUCUUCCAAAAGCGAAGGCGGUUCGGCGAGACGGAGUUUACUAGGAGACAAAAGAGAUAGUCGGGACUUUGACGGACACGCUUCAAGCCGCACAGCAAACAGUCAUAGCUACACCAGUCCCGUCGUUAGCGCUAGCAGCAAGAAUCACAACUCGAGUCUGUCGCUCGAAGCGGCCGCGAGAAGCAACUCCCGCUCCGAGCAGCGCAGUCAGCUCGCCGUCACCGAGAGUGAGUACAAAACACUGAAGAUAAGCGAACUGGGGUCGCAGCUGAGUGAUGAGGAGAUCGAGGACGGUUUAUUUCACGAGUUCAAGAAAUUCGGAGACGUCAGUGUGAAAAUUAGCCGCGUUAACGACGAAAGAAUUGCUUUUGUGAACUUUAGGAGGCCCGACGAUGCCAGAGCGGCGAAACACGCCCGCGGUCGCCUGGUGCUCUAUGACCGGCCUCUGAAAAUCGAAGCUGUGUACAUGAACAGGAGGAGAAGUCGAUCCCCCGUGGAAAAAGACCAUUUUUCUGCGGUGGCUGGCCACAGACAUUUGCACGCUCAGAGGCCUCUGUCCCCUACUGGACUAGGUUAUAGGGACUAUAGACUUCAGCAGUUAGCACUUGGUCGACUUCCUCCACCCCCACCGCCUCCCUUACCCAGAGAGCUGGAGAGAGAAAGAGAGUUUGCCUUUUAUGAAGCCAGAGCAAGGCCAACUUACAUUGCUGAACGAGCUGCUGCUUUUCGUGAAGAGGAUUUUAUUUCUCCCGAGGACGACCAAAGAGCAAACCGAACUUUGUUUUUGGGUAAUUUAGACAUCACAGUAACAGAAAAUGAUCUGAGGAGGGCAUUUGACCGCUUUGGGGCCAUCACUGAAGUGGACAUCAAGAGACCCACUCGGGGGCAAAACAGCACAUAUGGCUUUCUUAAGUUUGAGAACUUGGACAUGGCCCACAGAGCAAAGAUCAGCAUGUCAGGAAAAGUGGUCGGUCGGAACGCUAUUAAAAUUGGUUAUGGAAAAGCGACCCCAACAACACGCCUCUGGGUGGGGGGCCUUGGACCUUGGGUUCCCUUGGCUGCAUUAGCAAGGGAGUUUGAUCGAUUUGGCACUAUUAGGACUAUAGAUUAUAGGAAAGGGGACACAUGGGCCUACAUUCAGUAUGAGAGCUUGGAUGCUGCUCAGGCAGCUUGCACACAUAUGCGUGGCUUUCCUCUUGGAGGCCCAGACCGACGGCUCAGAGUGGAUUUUGCAGACACCGAACAUCGCUACCAACAGCAGUUCCUGCAGCCGCUCCCACUGCCCCACUACGAGGUUGUGGCUGAAUCCUUUGUUCACCGUGCAACCCCUGAAGCUAUCAGGGUUAGAGAACGAACUCCCCCACCACUCCAUUUUAGAGAACGGGAACUCUACACUGGUGCAGAGUGGCCAGCUCCUGCCAUCCGUGAACGAGUAAGAACUCCUGCGUUUGAAUCUCUAGAGCACUUGGAACGAGAUCGGCGGCCCAGAGAACCAUGGUCCCUGGAGCGGGAGUUGCCAAGCAGAGAUGCUGCAAGAAAACGACGCCUUCUAGAAGAUGGACGCCACCUAGACUGUUCACCUGACAGCAGCAGUGAAUGGGCAGUCCGGCGCCGGAGAGCCCCAUCAACUGAGGGCAGCCCGGGAGGUAGCAGUCGUGAAGGCCGAUUCAGCGACUCUGAGCGGCCAACGAGAGCAGAGCGGCUGUCACCACCACGAGAACGCCGCAGCAGCCUAGACAGAGCUCCUGGAGAGAAGCGUCUCAAGAGCAGCAGCAGCCUGUCCGAGUCCAGCAUUGGCGCUAGCCCAUCAGAGAGAAAACGCAAAGCAAGUGAAGCAAACAAAGGACCUUCAAAAAGAGAACGAGCUGACGGGGGCUCAAAGGGCAGCCAGUCAUCCAAGCAGGACACUGGCGGGAAGCUGAGCAUGGCCUGGAAUGGAAUGCUGCUCCUAAAGAAUAGCAAUUUCCCAGCCAGCAUGCACAUCCUAGAUGGAGACUUGACUGUGGCCAACACCCUCUUGGUUGACGGCAAUACAGGAGGCAAGGUGACGCAGCUCCGCAUCACACAGCGCCUUCGGCUCGACCAGCCCAAGAUCGACGAGGUGUCACGCCGCAUCAAAGCAGCAGGUCCAGGCGGGUAUGCCAUUCUCCUUGCAGUUCCUGCCAGCUCUGAUGAUGCAUCUUCAUCCUCUUCGUCGACAGACCCUGCGGCUUCAACCCAGCGUCCUCUACGCAACCUGGUCUCGUAUCUGAAGCAAAAGCAGGCAGCUGGGGUAAUCAGUUUACCUGUGGGGGGCACUCGCGAUAAGGACAACGCAGGGGUGCUGCAUGCAUUCCCACCCUGCGAUUUCUCUCAGCAGUUCUUAGAUUCCUCUGCAAAAGCUCUUGCCAAAACAGAAGAGGACUAUCUUGUCAUGAUCAUUGUCCGAGGAGCAUCCUAACAAUCGGAACACAAACAAAAAAAAAGCAUUGUUAUAAAAAAAAAAAGAAAUGUCUCAUUUGCAUGCUAUGUUAAGCCUGGUGCAACCAUAGUUUAAACAGUUAGUAAAAGGGUGUGUCAUCUGUUCUGCCCAAUGCAAUGCAUGAAAAACAUGUCUCAUAGCAAAAUUGGUUUUCAUAUUUCAAUAUUUGCUCACCAUUGCAAGUUGAGUUUCCAAACCAAAUCAUUGUGAUACUGUGCACCUGUUGGGAAGAGUGAAAGAUAAAAGGCAGAAAGAUAAAACUGAAUAUUUACCCUAUACACUGUACUGCUUGAGAAUCUUAUACAUGUUUGUUUAGCCAUUAGAUUGUAAGCAGUUCCCUAUAUGGAUAUUAACAAAAAAUGUUGGUUCAUGUAGGUAUAUUAUAUAUAUUUUUUAUUUAAAAAAAAGAGGUUAUUGAGUCAUUGUGGUUUAACGCUUGGAACAAUCAGUUAAUGAUGAAGAGAAAGUGUAACAUAGGCCUAGGUGUGUAGUUCUAUAGUUACCUAAAGCAGUCCAGGUAUUUCUCACUUAAAACUGCAUGUUGACUGUUGUCCUGUUUUGAAACCUUUACGGGGUAGUUUACAGUUCAAAAGUUUGCAGAUUGUAAACUAUUGCAUACACAACUGUACUUCAAUACUAAAGUGUUUUUCAGUGUGUAACUGGGCAAGCAUUCAUUAAGGCUACAGAUUGUUUUCUUCAUGAUUUUAUUUCACCCAAGCCGCCAUCUUACAAGAAUCAGUGAUUGAUUUUGGUCUUCUUUUAAGUCUAACAUGUUUCAGAGCCACCAUUUGCACAGACCACUGCACAUAGCUCAUGUCAUUUAGAUAUCCUCUUAUUUGUCAUUUUGUAUUUGACAAGAUCUGAAAAUCUAUUUCUCCUGAGACAUUUUUCCAUUUUUACUUUUUACUCCUACUUCAUUUCUGUUCAGGAUUGGUAAUGUAGUUGACCACUAAUUCCUAUUGAUUUCUAUGCUUUUUAUUGUUUUUUAAUUUUCUUUUAAGUAAUCUUGCCCAUCAGAUACAAUACAAAAAAAAACAAAUCAAAGACCACUUGAUAAAAUAGCAGUAUGUAAUGCAUGUGGCUUUUUCAUUUGUGUCAGCAUUGGCCUCAGUUUUGUUCUAUAUGCCACAUUAAAGGAAUUGUUAAAUGGAUGUCCAGAUACCAAAAUGUGAGUGCAAAAGUGUUCCUUUAAAUUUGAUAAAGAUAUAAAUGUCUAUGGUGAUGCAAUUCUACUUUGCUCAAUAUUCCCCCUGUAUUAACACACUUUAGUUGUCAGCUUAGGGCAUACUUGAAGCAGGGCUGUACAAUUAGAGUUUAGUAUUUUUCAGUACAUUAAUAAUGACUAUGGCUCAGUGCAAAAACACAAAGCACUGUAAUUGGGAAAUACACACGAUUGUGCAGUAAUUAUACCACUAAAGCAUGCAUUAAUUAUUGAGUCGGAUUUUCAGUGCGCCACGCUUAGUUAUGCAGCCCUAAAUUUAAGUAUGUUUUAAAUUGAAUAAUCUAUAUUUGGAUAGUCUGUUAGAGAGACAACAGAUUUAUUAUUAUUAUUUUUUUUAUCCUUUCUUUCAAUGUAAAGGAUUUUUGGAGUGUCUUGAGUCUGAUUAUUAACAAAUGUGUUAAUUCCAUCUGUAUUAUGCCAUCUACCAUUUUUAAAUCACACUAAAUUGCAUUUUUAAAACAGAUUGGUUUGUGAAUUAAGAUAAUUUCAAAGCUGUUCUAUAUUUAUGAAUGAGUUAGAGAUACUGUACUUUCAGUAGCCAUCUCUCAGGAUGAAAAAGGACUGUUGCAACAGAGGACUUCUCAUGGCUGGAAUCAAAAUGAUUGAGUUGAUACAGGAGCCCUUUGGAUGCAGAGGGGCAAGAGCUUUCCGUUUAGUGAUUGUGUAUUCUCGCUGAGAGAGCAGCUUCACACUUGUGUAAAUGUUUUUGUGCUUACACUUCCCAUAUUUAAACGGAAAUAUGACCGUCUUGCUUUGUGGUGUGUUUACCUGGGUUCUUGAAGGAGAGGAAAAAAGAGGAAUCGCUCAUUCACGCCUCGCACAGCUAAGAAAUAGCUGUCCACAUACACACAAAAAAGUGCACUGGCACUUAUUUGAUUUUGUCUUACUAUCAAUAAAUUGUUUCAUUUGA